AAUAAUUACACUCUUCCAUGUUAAGAUGAAAUUCGCCACGUGACAAACUCUAGUCCAUGGGAUAAGAACAAGAAACCUUGGACCGUGGAUCAUCCCCCGUGGGUGUGAGACUCUGAGUCGAUAGAAAGAGAGAGUGAGAGAGAGUUUUUUGUUUUUUGAGCAAAGUGAGAGAGAGUAUUUGUUUAGUUUUUUUUUUGUCACGAGGGUAUUUGUUUAGUUUUUUUUACUUUCAUUCGGACAGAACUAGAAGCGAUUUGUUCAGACAAAGCCGAAGUGAGAAAGAGGAAAGCAAAGCUUUUCACUUUGGUUUUCACAGAAUCUGCAAAACCCCAAAUCAGAGAGACUUAAAUUCUAGGGAUGAGCAGAGCAGAGCAGAGGAAAGAGAAAGCUAAAGAACGCGGCGGCGUUGCAGAAAUCUAUUGAGAAAAAAAUAAAAAUCAUAAACAGAAAGCUUAAAUUCUUCUUUUUUUUUUGGACAAACUAAGCUUAAAUUCUUCUUUUUCUUUCUUUUCUUUUGUUUCUUCUUCUUACUUUCUCUCACUUCAACUACUCAUUACCAAGAAACACACUUUGCUCCAGGUGAGAGAAAUUAGGUUUAGAUUGAAAGAGCAAGAAGAUCCACGAGUAAGAAAAAGCUGAACUUUAGUGAGAAGCAGGAUACGGAUUUCAUGGUAAUUAGGGUUUUGAAUUAUGGAUAUUGUUUGGUCAAGAUUAGGGUUUGAAGUGUUAAGUCUUAGGAAAUGGCUGGGAUGUACUCAUUAGGAGGUAACAACAACAACGGAGACGAAGAAGGAAAUCAACAACAACAAAAGACAAAUUGGGUUUGGUAUAGAUCAAACACAAACACCAAUAAUAUUAACCCAAGCUCGAGCGUAUGGCAGAUUCCACCCGAGCAACAGAUUCUCAUGCAUCACCAUCAACCACAUCCACAACAACAAAGCAUAGAUCUUUAUCCAGGUCAUCAGAUUGACGUCUCUGACUUAGCCACAUCGUCAAGAUCCAUCACCAUAAGCUGUCGGGACUGUGGAAACCAAGCCAAGAAAGAUUGCACUCACAUGCGUUGCAGAACUUGCUGCAAGAGCCGCGGCUUCGACUGUUCCACUCACGUUAGGAGCACGUGGAUCCCCGUUGCGAGACGCCGUGAGAGACAACAGCAGCUUCAUAUCUCCACAGCUGGAGACGGCGGUGGUAGCGGCGGUUCCAGUAUCCCUAAACGUCAUAGGGAUACUGCUCUUCCGGGAACAUCCUCCUCUCGCUUACCAUCCGACUCAGCAGGGUUAGAAACGGGGAAGGCGAGUUUUCCGCCCGAAGUGAGCUCGGAUGCGCUUUUUCGGUGUGUAAAACUGAGCGGCGUAGACGACGGAGGAGAUGGUCAGUAUGCUUAUCAAACGACGGUUAACAUCGGAGGUCAUAUCUUCAAAGGAAUUCUAUAUGACCAAGGUUCUGAAAGCAGCCACAUGAGUGGUGGAAGUGGCGGAAGCGAUCAUCAUAGCUCUUCCGCAGGAGGCGGAAAUACGUUUAAUACUCCAGCGAUAGCCGGCGGUGGAAGAGGAGGAAGAGGAUCCUCGGCUAUGUUUGUAGAUCCUAAUUCUAGUAGUUACUACUCAAGUAACAUGAUGACUAUGUUCGUGCCACCAGGUACGCAAUUCUAUCAAAACCCACCAAGAUCUUGAUUAAAUCAAGAACUCCAGAUUUUUAUAUAAUAUAUUGAAUCUAUAUAUGUAAUGUGUGUGUUUCAAAAAAAAACAAAAUAUAAUGUGUGUUUCGAGUGUUUUUUUCAUGAGCCCUAUGUAAUAGAUGGACGAUUUUUCAUAUCGUAUCAACAUCUGCAUGUUUGUUUGUUUGUCUUGUAAUAUGUGUUUAAUUUUAUGUUUCUUGUACGGUAAUGAAUAUUUA